AUGAGCAUAACGGCUAUCGCCGUAGAUAGAUUUAGGGUAAGACAUUGAAACAAAAAAAGUUAUUCCGUUUUUUGUGUUGGCGUAUAUUUCAGAGUUCUGUGCAUUACGAAGUUCCUCUUCUGCAAUUUCUUCGAAUUUCUGCCGUAAAGUCGUUUAUAAGUAAAUAGUAAACCGUAAUUACUGCGAAAAUGACUGUGUUCGGGAGCAUAAGCCAAAUAUUAUCACUUCUAGAGCCAAGACUAUAUAAGAUUAUAUUAGCUGCCAUCUAUUUGACUAGAAUAUUUCAUUGUUUGAAUGCAACAACAACGUCAAGAACGAUAUGGACUUGAUUUAGCCGAAAUGUACUCCGUAAAUAUCAUAUAAAUCACAGGCUUAUGCUUGAAUUUUAAAAAAAUCUUGAUAUGCAAUCUGUAUCUAAGUUAGCUCUUAGUCUAAAAAAUUAUCUAGUCACCAAAUCUGUCCGUUAGAGAACCCAUCAUGGAUUCGUUGGUGCGCUCUAAUUGUCCGAGGAAUUAUCUGACGUCUGCUAUUAGGUAUGGAGAAUAAAACAUUUCUUGAAGCCGCUGGUUUAACUCCAAGUUGCCGUCCAGCAGAUAAAAUCUGAGAGCACAUGCGUUUGGACUAUAACCUUAAUGUACAGGAAUGCAAUGAGAGUCGUAUUUUAGGAAAUGUACCAGGAGUCUGGCGUCUUAAUAAUUUUAAUAAACACAUAAUUUGAUCAGCGUUUUCUACUACCUAGGUUCCUGGUAUGAAGGUAAACAUGUGGCAUGAACUAUACCGGUGGUACUCCGGUCAGUAUUCGAAAUGCUUGUGGUUGCAAGUAAUACACUUCGAUGGAAUUUUCUCCCGUGCAGUGAGAGUUUCGAAAAGUCAGAGAACAUAUUUACACUCUCAACGUACUUUACAUUUCAGUCCUGUAAUUAAGUCACCAUAUAUUUUGUAAAAACGUGGGAACAUAAAGUAGCAUUUUGAGUACUUAUAUUGCCCGUUCGUUUGAGAGUGCGUAUUUAAACAAGAAAAGUCCUUAUGAGUAGUUUUUAUCAUUUUAUAACCGAUAAUAAAAAAAAUGUUUGCAAGUGCUUUCUCCUCACCGCGACUUGUGAACUAUAUUGCUUUGUUUCGGAAACCUCUUUCUUAGCUGCAUUUUAAGACUUUCCAGCUUAAUCAAGCACUUUCAAGUUGUUCAUGUGCUGCAUGCAUUUCCAAUAAUUGUCCGUCUUGGGCCUUAGAAUUUUCACCCACAUUGUAGAACAAUAUGCUUUGACACUGAAAAUCUGAUUUUGCUUCAUUUAUAUUACUAAAUUCUGUUCAGAAAUUUUGAUACUUAAUUGGUUUCGCUUUGUUUUUUCACCUAACACCUAUAUGAAUUUAACGAAAAUUUGCAAAUUCUGGACGGGAAUUUAAUACUUUCGGCGUUGCCGUGGAAAAUAAAAGAAUAUAAAAAUAACAUAUGAAACGUUUGUUUAAUGUUGCCGCAUUUAAGGGGAAAUAGUUUCGGGCAUUUUAAAGUGUCAUAGAGCCAAAAAUCAAUGACAUUUAUUUAAACGAAGUAGGUUUUACAGGACGCAUUGCAUCAUCGGAAAGUACUUUAAUUAGGUUGUUUUACUUUAAAGGGUGGAAGCGAAAGCAUUUAUGUGUCAUUUAAGAACUAAAAGGAAUUUCCUGCGUCGGUUCCAUUCAACAUGGACCAAGACUUGAUUCUAUUUUAAAUCCCAAAGCCGAGUGGCCGCUAGCUUAAUCUUCAAAUUUGUCAUAAAUGUACGCAAUCAAACUUGCCUUUGUCUUUUAUAAGACAUGUAUUGACACCAUAAUAAACAAGCAUUCAUUUUCAGGCAAGGUGGGAGACUGACCAAUUAUUAGGCCUUUCAAUCACACUGCGUGACCAAUCUCAAGAAGUUUUGGCUGAAAUUCUGAAAUGCGUUUUCGAUAAGAGAGGAUUACUUAGGCGCGGUUCUUAUAUUGAUUAUCUUGAGACAUAGUCCUAUAACAUUCCGGUCCUGGCAGGAUGUUAGCUUUUAAAUACGGUCUUGUUCAAUUUCCUAUAGGAGCCGUACAGGGAAAAAAAGACUACUUAAGUGGGAUGCAUUUCUCGCAUUGAUUUUCGAUGGUCUUGCAAAUUCAAAUAUAUUUUACAGAAACUAGGAACAAAUAUACGUUUUUUCAGUCGUUUAAUAGAGAACCAUGUAGUCUUUAUAGAUUACACUGGAAAAAGGGGUAUAAAUUGGUUUUAAAAAGUUUUUGAUUUGUUGAAUACUUUGAAGUCUGCUCAGUCGUUGCACUAGUGUGUAGUGAUUUCAGUUUACAAGAUGCAUGCGUUCUGCGUAAAACAUCACAUAUUCUUCUAUGCCUUUAAAAAGGUAUCAUGCAGAGUUCAUAAAAAUUUGCAAAGUAUGCGGACUAUAUUGUACAUUUCAUGAGGAUCAAUGGUAAACGGACAGGUACGAUGCUUUAUGAAUGAACAUUGCGCACUUUUAAAAAAUCUCAUGAUUAGAAACUCUUUUAAAACCCCUUUUUCGAGUGUAAUCUAUAAAGACUACAUGGUUCUCUAUCAAACGACUGAAAAAACGUAUUUUUCUUCGUAGUUUCUGUAAAAUACAUGUGCAUUUGCAAGACCAUCGAAAAUCAAUGGGAGAAAUGCAUCCCACUUAAGUAGUCAUUUUUUUCGUGUACGGCUCCUAUAGAAAAUUGAAGAGCAGUUUAUUUAAAAGCUGACAUCCUUCUAAGACAGAAUUGUUAUAGGACUAUGUCUCAAGGUUAUCAAUAUAAGAACCGCGCCUAAGUAAUCCUCUCUUAUAAAAAACGCAUUUCAGUAUUUCAGCCAACAUUUCAUGACAUCUGUCACUCAAAGUAUAUUUGCAAGAUGAUCAAACAGAAGGUAUAGCUUGUCCAACAAAACAAGCAACUACGCAAGCGUUAGCGUGACCUUCUUUUUAUUGGUCAAACACAACAAAUAAUUCUAACAUAAAAAGAUGUGGGGACGUAGAACAGGAAGUUUCCUGAUAGUUGAAGGUAACAGGGAAAAAACCAUGGAAAAGCCCCAUAGUAACAGACAAUUGACCAUUUUGCCGACAUUCUGAAGGCCUUUACUUCAUAAAGUAUUUGAAAAAUACAAUAUGCUUUCAUAAAUACCAAAAUAUGAUUGCGCCUAAAAAUAUCCACUUAUUUUGCGUUUUGAGUUUAUUUUGGAGUGUGCCACAAGAAAACAGAAGCCUGCCAACGUUGUCUAUUUAUGCCCAUUAGUCAAAUUAGGUAAUUUUUUUAGUCAAUUGUCUGCUUAUUUACCUACUUAAUGACAUGCGCAGGCACCUCCGCGAAACGCUGUUCUUGGUACCGUUGAGUUUUUUGCAUUAGCAUUGGUUCCUUUCUGCGCAUUUAGGAAUGACUAUAGGAGUGAAUGUCCGUACCGCUGACUGGCCACGUUGUUGGCAUUUUGCUAUCCUCUGAUUCUUCAUCAGUUAAGGAUGCGUAAUCUGACACUUGAACACAUAGUCACUAUACAACUGGUGUGUUGUUAUGAAAGGACUUUCUAUUCAGCCUCGUUUUGAAUAGAUUUUUUGGCGGGAAUUACAUAGAGCGUACAGUCAGUGAUCGAUCUCAUAAAAUGCUAGUCGUUUUCAAUAGGAGAGGGGUACUUAUGUGGGGUUGUAAUAUUGAUUAUCAUUUGGCGAAAUCCCAUAAUACUUCUGACUUGACAUGAUGUCGGCCUUUGAACGCAUUUCUGUUUGGCCACUUGUAAAAAUCCCACUCUGUAAAAAUGGCUACUAAAUUAGUAUGAACUUUUCACAUUGGUUUCGAUGAUCUUAUAGAUCAAAACAUCUUAUAUAGCUAACAUACACAAAAAUAUUCUCUAUUGCACUCAUUUGGUGGCUAGUUAUGCCACUUUUUGAAAAUUUUCAUACUCGAGGAAAGACAACCUUUCGGCUGUAAAAAGUUUCUUAUUAUGAAAUUUUUUAAGAAAAUGCAAUGGCCAUUCAUACAACAUCAUACCUUUUGUCUAUAAAUGCUCAGCACGAAGUAUACAGCAUAGUCCACAUCCAUUGUUAAAUGUUAUGAGCUCUACGUGGGAUCUCCUUAAAGGGAUUGGGGAAGCACGAUUUUCACUUAUGCGGAAAGUAUACAGCUUAGAGACUGAGAAUGCUAAACGUGAAUACAACGGCAGAUUAGAUUCAAAAUUACUCGCGUACAGAAAACCGUUCUUAGAACCGAAAACGUGCUCUUUCUGAGGGUAUAAAAUUGAAAAAGAGGCGUAAAUUGUUGUCAAGCAAAUGCAACAAGAAUAGUUUGUACACGUUUUCUAAACAAUAAAUUUGGAUCUGUGGGGGCAUCAAAAAUCGUUGUGAAAAAUUCUGCUACUUUAGUAACCAUUUUUACAGAGCACAAUUUUUACAAGCGGCCGCAAAGAAUUGCGUUAAAAAGCCGACAUCUUGUUGAAUCCCAAAUGCGAUGGGAGUUUGCGCAUGAUAAUUCCGGAUUCUCAUUCGAACCUAUCAUCAGAGGCAGACCCAGAUAAGGGUGAUGGGGAUACAAGGAGCGCUGUAUUUGCAGGACGCAGUUGUCAAGCAACCACACGCCUACUAGGACUAGUCGCCAGUAAAGGCUGCAAUUGAUGCGAUGAUUGUUUGUUACUCUGCACCCGAGUCGCUGACUGCCAAAAUUCGGUCACCGUUAUGGUUUUUUGGGAUUAUAAUAACUCACCAAUUUGGCUCAUUAGCAGCGAACUGUCGUUCACUUGUGCCUUCCCGCAUGACUAACUAUUCUACCCAUACAAAGUUGCUGGGCAUGCUGAUUGACUGAGGGACGGAGAACCAUGAAUCAAACAGUUGUCACCUCCUGCGAAGAUUUCGGUCUCAUCAAACUUGAAAGACUGGUCAGGUCCUCUCAACUAAACAGCGGCUUGAGAACUAACGCCAUUCCUUCUUGUUGUUACUUCAUUUGCACCACCAGCAGCACCUAAGCGUCUCCGAUUUACUUGUUUUGUCUGCAACCGCAUCAGGUCAGAUAAACGAUCCCAGGCGUUUCCUGCCACGGCAUUGGACCUUUUAGCCCCAUGCGUUGGCGCCUGAAAGUUGUCCCUGGUCUCUGUGUAAUUCCAACUCCAAGUGGUGUGGGCACGCGGCUGACGACUCCCGCGGCGCGCUUUACGUACAUGACGCAUUCUAGUAAACCAGAAGACAAGGUUUCUAAAUUACAAUAGGUGGAAUAACUCAUGAAAUGUCAACCGAAAUUCCUGGGUGCUUUUCCGCUUCGAAAUGAUUAACUAAGUAGGGUUGUAAAUCCAAUCAUCUUGCAGCAUAGUUCUAUAAUAAUUCAGUUACCUCAAAAUGCCGACUUUCGAACGAACUUAUUUUCGCCUGCAUGCAAAAACUAUGCUCUGCAAAAUAUGACGGCUUAUGUAGCAUGUAUUUUUCGAAUUGAAUUUUGUUGGGUCUAAACAUUCAGUUAUAUUUCAUGGAAAACUUGCAUGAAUAUGUUCAUUUUUUAUUUAUUCGACAAAAAAUUAUGUCUUCUUUAAAUUUCAUACUAAAAGGAAGAGUAUAGUUCGGUUUUCAAAAACCUGUCACGUUCCCGAAUAAUUUCGAACCUGACCUGCCUUUACACUUGCAUUAUGGUUUCCAAACUACAGGUCCUAUACUUUCCCCGUACGGUGAACCAUACAUUUUCUACGGUAUUAAGAACAGAUCAUAUUUGGUUCAUAAAACUUAGCAGUGGAUUUGAGCCAUAUUGUAAACUUUACAAGCCAAACUGGCAAAUGCAGAGACACGACGUUUUAUAAACGACCAUCUCGCGCUUUCAAAAAUUCUCACAAUUUGAAACUUUUCUAAAGCCGAAUUUUACAAUUCCUUCGCGUAUAAAAUCGGAAAAAGACCUAAUUUUCUACCGAAUGAAUAAAAGAAUGGACAUUUAUAUGUAUGGUUUCCAUGAAAUAUAACUGAAUGUUUAGACCCAUAAAAAGUCAAUUAGAAAAAUACAUGCUACAUAAGCCGUCAUAUUUUGUAGAGCAUCGUUUUUUCAUGCAGUCGAAAAGACGUUCGUUCGAAAGACUACAUUCUGAGGUGACUGAAUUAUUAUAGAACUCUGCUGCAUGAUGAAUAGUUUCACAGCCUUACUAAAAUAAUCUUUUUGAAAAGAAAAUGCAUUUUGGAAUUUCGGUUGACAUUUAAGGAGUUAGCCAACCUAUUGUACAGUAUCUUUGCCUGAUACUUAAAGUAAAUGCUUACUCGCGCAACUUCGCGAAGCGGUGCAUGUGCAGACAGGAUGGGAAACCCAAAUAGACAGACACGAACUUUUGACAAGCGCUUACGUACAUGAAGAAUAUUUUACAAGCCGUCAUCAGCCUUACCUUUACCUGUCUUUAAUGAUGAGUUAGAGUGGAGACUCAAAACUUCAGGCCAAUAAAUCUAUUGUUACAGCGAUAGCAUAUCCUCCCUUUGGACUGUUUUCUAGAAGUAGCCUCGUGACUACUGUCGACAAUCUGAAAAAUGCAAUUUAUAAUCCCUGAGAACAAUGUCAACUGCAUGUUAAAUUUUAAGAAAUACAAAAAACGCAAAGAUUUAAGAUCUAAGGAUACUCGUGGGUUGACUAGAUAUUCUGGUCAAAUGCCAAAUUCCUAUGAUCCUCUUGCCAUGCAGGAGGUCUUCGUAUCGAUGUAGGCAAUUCGAGCAGUGGUCUAAAAAGGACGUUCCUUACAUCCAUCGUCUUAGAUCUCAAUUUUCGUUUUGUAGUUUAACUGCAUAACACGUUCCUUAGCCAAAUGUAAAUAAUAAGACCUACUAGAUUUUGAAAGGUCAUGGUAUCAUUUAUACCUCACAACUUAAAUUUGCAAAGUUAAAUGCCAUACUUGACAAGUUUUAUUGUAAGUUUCUCUUAGAUUUGCGCGCUCAGGAGAACUGUUUUGAUAUUUACAUUCAAGUAUUUGCGUUUAAGAAAUAAAAGAUCGGGGCUACAUGCACUGCCUCUAUUCUAUACUAAAAUCAAUGUGGAGUUUUUCAAGUAUGUCAUAUAAAAAAGUGUAUAUUUUUCACCUGUUCUAUUUGGCACCGUAUGUUGUUUUCGUUUUUCAUAAUGGUAAAGAAGGUACCCUUCAGUUCACUAUUUUCUGAUAGAUUUUGGAUGAUCCAAGCAUUUCAGAAUUCAAGCAUUUAUCGUAAAUACUUAACCCACAGUUCUUAUGUCCCUUGGGGCUAGUUGGACAAACACUAAACUAUGUUGCAAAGCAUUCUCAAAGGACUAAGGCCCAGUCAUUAACGAGGGUCGCAGACUGAUGCUUUAAGGUGGUUACUUUUUAUUUUCCAGGUGAUUGUGCAUCCGUUACGAUCUGAACGGCCUUGGCACAGGCCGGCGUUUGUUCUUCCAUUAAUCUGGUUGAUCGCCUUCAUAAUGGCCAGUCCUAUGCUGGCGUUUUCCUCUGUCACCACGAGUUUUUCAAUAAAGCAGCGGAAGUUGUGCGCCGAGAGUUCCGGCUCCCUUCCUCAGCUGCAGCACAUUAAGUACGCCUACGGAAUCUUCACCAUUAUCAUGCAAUACGUUGUGCCUUUCGUGAUCCUGUCCUGCGUCUACAUCCGAAUAUGCACGCGCAUCAAAAAGGUGACAAAAACCAGGGUUAAACUGUUGGGAUCUACACAACCACAACCCUUGCAGACACCGACCACUGCAACACGACUCUCUAGCCUACCGAUUGAGGAUCCUGCUAUGCCUUGCGACAGUGUUCAGAAAGGUGCCAAUGGUGUGAAAGGGACGCGGAUGAGUUUGGUUGCCCGACAUCUCUCCCUAGGAAGUCGUGGUAGCCACGGUGAUUGUUUAAUGUCCGCAAAGAAUCACCGACGCCAGCUCCAACUUCGGCGCCAACGACGUGCAAACAUCUUACUGACGUGCGUCGCUCUCGCAUUUGUGCUUUCCUGGUUACCACUGAACGUGGUUAAUAUCUUGAUGGAUUACAGGGAGGCCAAGGUUAAUCAAGUAACCCCUCUCCCUCCAUUGCCAUUCUUACUACCAAAGUGGCAGAAAAGUGAACUGACAUUGCAAAGUGCAGGCGAAAAUGUUACGAGGCUGAAUCCCGCAAAAGAGAGCGACAACGAGAUGGCUGGUGCUGGGACGUCAGAUUCCGGUCAACAAGGCGACUACUCCUCCCAUCUCAGCGUUAGAUUCAUAACGCUGAUUCAGUCCUUCUGCCUGCUCUGUGUCCUAUUCUCCUGCUGUAUGAACCCCUUUCUUUACGGCUAUCUGAAUGACGAUUUCAGGGCUGAAUUCAUGGAGAUACUGUGCUGUAGGUCUCCUAAACACGAAGCUUCUUCGUCCAUCGGACGAUGA